ACGUACCAGAUUAGAUCGAGACAGAUGCUAUACAGUUAUGCAAAUUGAGAGCUCGAUGUCACGCGGCUCCUUGAAGCACUCCUAGAAUUACGUGACCCAUAUGAACGAAACGCGUGAACAGUAUACUGUCUACGCGAUCCAUCUCCUCUGCGAUCACCUCUUACCACGACUCCAAGAUUUCGUAGCUCAAUGUCGCAACGAUACCAAUUAUUAGCUCACAUUAGUAUCAACUAACCAGUGAUCUUGUGCUUACAAAGUAUACCGAAUGUAUUGUAUUUCUUCUUCGGCAAUCUAGUUAUCCAGUCAUCUUACCAUAAUUAGGACAAUAUAAUCUGAUAUUUUAUCAGAAACUAUAAUUCUCAUCGUCUUCUAAUCGAUGCUCAACGGUUCGAUUAAUAUCAAAUAUCGUUGAAUUUUUUGAUCAAAUUCAAAUUACAUCAUAAGUUACCAUCCACACGCCGUUGACGUAGGUAUAGAUACAUGUUAUAGGUACAAAAAUUGAUUUUUUAAAAUAGGAAGAAACGAAUAACGAUAUCGAAUAUGGUAAUUCCUAUUUUUAUCAAUUUAUUUUCGUUACGUCAUAAGAUCAUAAGAUAAGGUCCACGUACAACUGAUCCAUGGAUAUUUGCGAAAUUUACUCUUUUAAUAUAAGAUAGACCCCAUAAUAUAUACACACGUAAUAACAAUUACGGUUAAUGCAUAACAAUGGUUCAAGAAAACUUUCAGGCUUUCAAUAGCCAUACCCGCACUACGUAAGCACUUGUUUCUACACAUAUCGAAAUAAAAAUUAAUUUUAAAUGAAAUGUCGCAUAAGUGAUUUAAUUGUACUUCCUUGCGAGCGUCGAAGCAUUUUGUAGAACAAGUUUUAAAUAUAGAAAAAUAAAUCGAAACAAACAGAGUGAACGAGUUGGUCGUAAACGUUUAAUUAGUUUAAGUUUGAUUGAAAAGUUCAUAGGAAACAGCAACUUUACUCUCAACUAUGACAAAGACAACUUGAUCUAUUACAUUCACCGAAGAGUAAGUUCGACGCAGUGGGGUAAAGUGCCUGCGAAGAAAAGUUGAGGGCGGGGUCUACCGAUGGCAAAGAGUAUAAAAUCCUCGCUAGCGAAAAGCUACGGUAUUCAGUUAUUACAGAGGUCUCAGAACGUCGUUGACUUUUUCAUCAUCAUGGAUUGUAAGAUCAUUGGAUACUUGGCUACGAUCCUAACUGUCGUUCAUGCGGGAAUAAUCGGGCCGAGCGCAGGAAUAAUUGCUCCCACUGGGGCCACAGUGGCAGCAGCACUUCCACAAGCUGCGGCUGCUGUCGUCAGAACCGAAAAUUUUGAUCCAAAUCCGCAAUAUAGCUUCAGUUACAGCGUAGCCGAUGGUCUUACGGGUGACAACAAAGCGCAAGAGGAAACUCGCAAUGGCGAUGUGGUUCAAGGUAGUUAUAGCUUAAUAGAGCCAGAUGGUUCGCGUCGAGUGGUCUCGUAUGCUGCCGAUCCUGUCAACGGUUUCAACGCUGUUGUUCAAAAAGAUCCUAGCAUCACGGUCAAGACAGCGGUCGCUGCAGCCCCAGCCGCGCGGCCUGUUGUCGCAUCUCCCUUGCUGGCACGACCAACAUCGGUUAUCGCUGCCGCCGCACCCGCUAUAGCCGUUCGUCCACAGGCUACGCUGUUAGGUGCCCCCAUAUUGAGACAACCGUUGUUAGCAGGGCCGACGGUAGCUGCCACAAACGUACUCACCGCGAAUGCGGGUUUAUUAGGUCUUGGCGUAGGUCUUGGUCUAAGACCAGGAGGUUCUCUCUACGGUACGCAGUCGCUUCUUGCGGGUGCUUAUGGUACCGGAGGCAUCGUUAAAGUUCAUUAAAUACCGCAACGGGAUGCAACGCGACUCAGCUCGGCUCGAUUCGAUUCGACAUGACAUUUUAUCUCCUUCUCCUCAGUUUUGCUUCACUUUGCUCGAAUGCGAAUUCUGAAAAUUUUUUGCUUUGAAAACGUUGGAUAUCUAACCACGUGUACUUGAAAAUGUUACUGAUGCCAUGCAGCGACCUUGAUGCAUUUCUAUUUGUCAUCUCCACUCAUUGUUAUCCAUCCUUUUUUUCUUUUCCCGUAUUAUCAAUUACUGGCAAACAUAUCCCAAAUUUAUAAUAUUUACAAAAUCCGUAUCUUGCUGUUUUACGUCGAAGACAAAAUCUUAUUUAAGAGUAUCGGUCUAAUGAUUUAGAAUUUUCAUUCCAACAUCUCUAUCACUGUAACGAUAUAGAAAUAGCUACUAUACGGUUAAUCUGCCGUUAAUUUUUUCUUUUCUUUUCUUUUCUUUUCUUUUCUUUUCUUUCUUGGUUCCGUUCAAGAUUUCGUAACCAAGUCAUUAAAUACUUGUAGUGAUUUUUAUGGAACACUUUGACUUGUUUAAAGAGCAAAGUCGAAAGAAUAAAAAUAUUUAUUCACAUGCAUUCUGUGACACGAGCAGGCAGAUCACGAGCCUCGUUGACGAAAGAAAAGGAACUGAGCGGAAUACGAGGCAAAUCUUUGUAUUUUUUACUAUAACUAUUAACCGUCGCACUUAUAAAUCUCCAAAGAUGAAAAGUAUAUACUAGAUAAUUAGAUUUCAAGAUUUAGACAUAAUUAAAACGGCGUUUGCGUUUCUAUCCAAGUGAAGUCCUUCCGUUUUAAAGACGUACCGUUACUGGAUACAAUAUCGCAUACAAAAUAAAUAUAUUAUUUAGCAAACGA